GCUCCAUGAAUGGUUGUCUAUUAACUUGUUCAAAAAGUAUCAGGAGUUGUCAAGGCUUGUGGUGUCGGAAGAGGGGAAAACGGAGGAGUUUUGAUUUCUUUAAGACUCAGAAAGAAGUUUUGUGAGCGCGAGAGGACUUUUUUACUGGAGCAAAAGAGAAAGAAGAGAGUUUUUUUUAACCCCGAAAGAGGUUAGAACUUUGUAUUUUUUGUUUUUGUUCUGUUUUAUUUUUACUUUCAUUUGGUCGGUCGAGGAAGAAGUUUCCCCCAAACCGGCGUUUUAAAUGUACAACAUGAUGGAGACCGAGUUGAAACCCAAUCCCGGGGGUAAUAACACCGGCACCGGGAACACCGGAGGCGGCACACCGGGACAGAAGAACAGUCCGGAGCGCGUAAAGAGGCCCAUGAACGCGUUUAUGGUCUGGUCCCGCGGUCAGCGGAGGAAAAUGGCACAAGAGAACCCGAAGAUGCACAACUCGGAGAUCAGUAAGAGGCUGGGCGCUGAGUGGAAGCUGUUGUCCGAGUCUGAGAAACGGCCGUUCAUCGACGAGGCCAAGCGUCUGCGCGCUCUGCACAUGAAGGAGCACCCGGAUUACAAGUACCGACCGCGGCGGAAGACCAAGACUCUCAUGAAGAAGGACAAGUAUGCGCUGCCCGGCGGGCUCCUGGCACCGGGCGGCGGCGGAGGAGGAAAUCUGGGCGGUAACGGCAUGAGCGCCGGCGUGGGCUCAGGCCUGGGCGGCCUCGGCGUCAACCUAGGGGUCAAUCAGAGGAUGGACGCGUACGCACACAUGAACGGGUGCUGGAGCAACGGAGGCUACGGUAUGAUGCAGGAACAACUGGGCUACGCGGCGGCGGCGAGUCCCAUGCAGCAGCAGCAGCAGCAGCACCACGUCCACCGCUAUGAUAUGAGCGCGCUGCAGCCGUACGGCUCCAUGACGAGCGCGCAAACCUACAUGAAUGGCUCACCCACAUACAGCAUGUCGUCUUACCCACAGCUCAGCUCCAUGGGCUCGGCUGUGAAAUCCGAGGCCAGCUCAAGUCCACCCGCAGUCACAUCCGCGUCGCACGUUAGAGCCGCCGGAGCGCCCGCACCUGCACACGCACCGCCACCGCCGCCCUCGUGCCAAACCGGGGACCUGCGGGACAUGAUCAGCAUGUAUUUGCCCGGGGCGGAAGUGGCCGAGCAGACGGGCCAGAGCAGACUGCACCUGUCGCAGCACUACCAGAGCGCACCUGUGCACGCCACUACGAUUAACGGCACCAUCCCGUUAUCGCACAUGUAAAUGAACAACUUUUUGUUUUUUCUUUUUUCUACUACACUGGACUCCUCUAGACUGGACUAUAUUAAUUUUAUUUUAUUAUAAUUAUUAUUUUUUUUGUACAGAAUUUUUUCUUGGUGAGGGAAACUUGUAAAGGACUCAAGGAAAAAAGAACACAAGCCUUUCUUUCUUUCUUUCUUUCUUUCUUUCUUUCUUUCUUUCUUUCUUUCUUUCUUUCUUUCUUUUCACUCUUUCUUUCUAUUUAAAGACGAAACGGUAGGAACACCAAGCAAGUUUUUUUUUUUAUUAGAAUCUAUGAGAUUUUUUUGGAUAUGGAAAAUGGGCAGUGUGUGCGUGGGAUCGGGGGAAAGGGAUAAUAAUCAAUCAAAUGUUUUAUUAUUGCAAUCAACUUUUGUACAGUAUUUAUCAAAGAAACAUAACAAUCAGUUGUAAUGUUUGUAUAAACUACAGUAAAGAAGUUUUUUAUUAAGAAAGAUAACGACAGAAUUGACACUUAUCAUGCUCCAAACCGUGCAAAAAGAAGUCAAGACAUAGUGGAAGUAAAGAGCAGGACAAAAUAUUUCACCUUGAGCGUUAAAUAUUACUAAACCAUUUUAAUUUAGUUUCAGAUGAUAAACCCGUUAAUUUAUAUCUUUUUUGUUUAAUCUCCAACCCUCCAUCUGUUAAAGCUAUGACGUUUGUGUUCUUUAUUUUCUCAUGGUUUUGUACAUUUUCUGUAUAUUUUACUGUGAGUUUUUAUUUUUUAAAAAAAAAUCCGUAGUUGUAUUUUAAAGAAUUGUGGCCUGUAGGCAAAUGCCAAACACGCGACAUGUACAUAUCUGAACUAAUAGUGACAUAACAGUUACAAUUUCAGCUGAGUUUUUUUCAAUAUGCAGUUUGAAAUGAAUAAAUUUUUGAAAUUUGGAUAUUUGAAA